AGUAGCAAGACCUUGGCGGAACUGGACGAAGAUCUCCGUCAGAAGAUGGCGGCAAUGGUGGGCGAUGGAGGAGAGGCGGGCGUCGAAUACGAAGACGGAAAGCCCGUCGCCAUGAAACGAGGAGUGCGCGAGAACAUGUUCCGUUAUAUUUGA